AUGCCAACAUACGAUAUCAUAUCUUCCGCGGAAGCGCAGCAGCUUGUCCAACGGAUCGCACGUGGUUAUGGAUGGAUCAGCCAGAGAGCGCGUGAUGCGAGCGAUCAGGAAGCUCUUGAAGCGAUAGAUAUGCUUCAAGACAGCCUUGGGAUUGCAGUCAGAACACUAGCAACGAACCUCUACAAAAGCCACGCUCGAUUCGUUUUCGAAUUGAUCCAAAAUGCCGAAGACAACAAUUAUAGGAAGGCUACCUCCAGCGGUACUGCGCCCUAUAUCAAGUUCACGGUAUAUCCCAACAAGAUAGUUAUUGAUUCUAAUGAGGAUGGAUUUACCACCGAAAAUGUCAUAGCAAUAUGCAAGGUUGGACAGAGCACUAAGAAAAGAGAUGGUGCACAGCAGUAUAUUGGCGAAAAGGGCAUCGGAUUCAAGUCCGUCUUUAUGGUCGCAUCAAAAGUUCAUAUCCAGUCAGGCCCCUUUUCAUUUUUCUUCGAACAUCCACCAGGAGCGCGGGGGAUGGGCAUGGUAACUCCGGUGUGGGAACCUGCCGAGGUAGCUUUGCCAGGCCCUUUGACCCGUAUGACAUUAACUCUCCUCGAUAAAUUGGACUAUCCGGAACUACUUUCACAAUUCGAUACUCUCCCUGACACAUUUCUCCUCUUUUUGAACAAGCUUGGUGCAAUCACGAUUGACAAAAUCGAAUUCGCUGGAAAGAGUGCAGAGUCUACUACAUUCUCAUGUGCUCUAGACGAAUCCUCCGGACAGGCGACUUUGAGCAAGGUCCACCAUGAACAGCGAAACUGUAACACUACAGAAGUAGUGCUUGCAUUUCCCCUCGACGAAUCCGAACCUAUUAUUGGUCCCCAAGAAGUUUAUGCUUACCUUCCUCUUGGGGACUUUGGGUUUUCUUUUCUUAUUCAAUCCGACUUCGUUACGCAGGCCAACCGGCAGGAUGUGUUAGAAACCCGCCGUAACAAAGACAUUCUCGACGGUAUAGCUGAGGCGUUUCUGGAGGGUGUGUUUCAGUUUUGCAAUCAUCCUACCCUUCAGUAUAAGUGGCCGCUAUAUAUCCCACGGAAGAUUCAUAACCCUUUCUGGGCACGCCUUGAAAACAAGAUCCACAAGCUCCUCAAGGAGCAUGCAGUCUUACGUGGAUGCAGCCAUGGCCCACUUCGGCCCAUCAGUCAGUUGAAGAAAAUCGGGGACGGAUUUAAAGAUGAAUUCGGCAAUGCUCUUGUUGCUGAUUUGGACGAGGAAAUGUAUCUUGCAUGGGAAUACGAAGGGCAAGACAUAGAGGCUCUCGAUAGCCUGGGUCUAGAUACUAUUGACUUUGAGUCUGUAAUGGCACGUUUCAGACACGAUUUGAAGCAACCAAGUCCCAGGUCCAGAUUCAAAUCUCCAGGAACCACUGAUGACUGGCAUACGAGGACCGCAGAGCUUUUACUGCAACCUUUUAAGGAGAAAUGGAAAUCUCCGACACUGGAUAAAGUCCGAGGACUAGCAUGUAUCCCACUGCAAGAUGGGAAGUGGACAGCAAUCACCGAGGGCGCCGUAUUCUUUUCUCGCACUAAUGGGAUACUCAUCCCGAUCGAUCUUGGAUUAAGAAUUGUCGACGAAGGGUCUAUCGCGAACCCGACAAGGAAGAAGCUUUUUGUUACCCUUGGUGUUAGGCCUGCCUCGGUUCAAGACGUCAGAGCACUCAUUCUGGCACGCUAUAAGCAAGAAAGAUCGUCUAUCAGCUUCGAAACAUCUUUGAAAGAUCUCCAUUUUCUUUAUUCCACCCAUCCUACCGGCCUAACAGUUAAGCUUCGCGAAUCGACUUCACUAUGGGUAUUUAAUCAUCGGGGUCAUCCAAUUCACGAUGAGGAAGACCUGUAUUUCAAAAGUGAUGAGGAACAUAGUUUCCAGGAGCUGAUGGGUAAGGCCCUGGAGGUAGCGCCAUACAACAGUGGCCUGGUUGGCUCCUUCAUCCAUCCGGAGUAUUGCAGGCGAAUGGAGCUUCUUCCUGUAAAACCUGGUGGAUCCCACCCCGCAUUCAAGGCCUGGUUACAAGAAUCCGUUGGUAUAUUAAACCAUCCACGGCUUGUAGACCCUAAAGAUCCCGCGGAACUGUCACCUAUUUUCCGGUAUAUUAUCGAAGCACGUCCGGAGAAGUUGUUGGGGACAUUGAAGCCACAUUGGACUUCCUACGCAGCUGUGAUGAGUACUGACUUGGCAUCGAAAAUUUCUAAAGCUUUGGUUCCUAGCACGAACAUUGGCUCAAUACCAUUAAAAGAAACUUUCCUACCGUCGGAGACGCUUACAGUCAGAUGUGGCGAGUUUCUCGACCUACAGAAAUUCCCUUUCUUGAAGCUGGAAAAUGAACCGGAUAUUGAAGGAUGGAAUUUUCUGAGUGCUUUUCACGUGGGGAUCGAGGAUAACCUUGAUUUCUAUUUGAAGAUACUGUAUUACUGCAAGUUAUCGAAAGGCCCAUUUCGAUAUGAUAUAUAUGAAGCCAUUCAAUUGAAGGCCGGGGGCUCGAAAGAGGCCAAAAGAAGGGUUGAGUAUGAAUUGUCUUUCCUUUAUCCUCCCCCCUCUCCCUGCAUCUGUAAUUCAUCCGGGAAGCUUACUAGGCCUUACUUCAGGGAAUUUGUCUGGGUCAACUACCUCAUACUAGCACCGUCCUAUGGGACAAGGCCACCCUCUUGGACUUAUCCGGGAAAUUGCUUUUGGGAUGCACCGGACUAUCUAACAACAAGAUGCGCUUUACUCCCUGCCUUGUCACAUUUUAAAACCCCUUUCAUCGCCUAUUUCUUUCAAUUCACUCUCGGAGUUAGAAACGUUUCUUGGGACGAUUUGACUCGCGAGCUCAGAGCGAUUAAAGCAAAAACUAAGCCAGACAUAAAUGUUGUCCAGGAUAUCUACCUUCGCCUCCAGAGAAUGUCAGCGGAUCUAGAGUCAAAAUACCUAGAAUCACUCCUGACUUCUUUCGAAAAAGAUGCGCUGAUCUACGAUAUGCUGAGCCAAAACUGGACUGCUCCAUCAGCGUGUCUGUGGUCAAAAGACGCUCAGGUACCAGGGAAGAGUACAAUCAGUGGCCAGUAUGAAGAUUUGAAGGACUUGUUUGUAGGAGUGCUUAAGAUCAAAAUCCCUAAUUUGCGCUUGCUUAUUAAGGAGCUAAAACGAGUCGCACAAUCUUCGCCAUCCAUCAAUGAUAUCAAGAGUCUUAUUUGGCAAAUCAAUACAUUCGAUCCGAUCAUUAAAGACUUGGAAGACGUGCGCUGGUCUGAAAUAUUCCCUGUAAGGAAGGCAAAUGGAAAUCUUGAGCUGCAGACCUGGAUGGCGGGAUUCUCGAUUAUUGAUCGUCAGCCCUGGGCUGAUGCAUUUGAAGACAAGGUGGACUUUCUCGAUUUCAGUCUCAAAGAAGUUAGGAUUUUGGAACCGUUUUUGUCAAGUAUGGAGGGCAUGGGAUACUUGUCUAAGCAUGUGAAGGAGAAGUCCUCUUUCCAAGGCAUUCUUCCAGAGCCAAGUACAAAGAGGACUAGGCAGUUGCGACGACGUGCUUAUGCGCUCUCCCGCUGUGCGACACACUUCGGCAGCCCUAGGGCCAAGAACGACUGUCAAGCCCUUUAUCAAUUACUUCUUAAAGCAAAAGUUUACGAAACAGAUGGUAUCAUUGGGAGUCUUGAGCAUACCCGUCUUGGCGACACCGUUAUCGUCGAAGUUAGCAACACAAAGCUUCAUGUCGAAGAAGGACUGGAGGGUUUGAACAUAUAUGUUCCGAAAGAUUCAAAGGAUCAAGAGAUCUGUUAUCUUCGGCUACUUCCCACGAAGCUAUUCAACGAGACCAUGAUGGCAGAAGUCGAUAGCAACUCUACAUUGGCGUUUGAUUCAAAUGCUGUUUCGAUAAUUACGGCAAUUUUUGCGUCUAGCGACGAGGUCAUCGACUUGGUACUAGAGGAGGCUGGUAUUGUCCCAGUACCAUAUCCUGAUCAGUAUGAGGAUGAGCUCCAGCAAUCACCUCGAGACAAGGUCUUGCUUAGCUUAGGUAUUUAUCGUAACGCGGAACGUGAAACCGCAUCGGUUGGAUCAGGAACGCAGUCGGGAAUGGCAAUGGCAACCCCCGGGGCUAGUACCCCGUCCGCCAGAAGCCCCAGCCUCUCUAUCACUGCGGCUUCUACGUACCGAGCAAUCCAUCGACCAAGUGUUCCAUCACAGCCGAUUCAGCUCCGCAACAGCCCCCUAAGACCUAGGCCCGUGCGCGUUCUUCCAGACAGUAUACGGCGCCAAAUCACAUCUGAAAGUAGUCAAGUGGAAGGAGCGUUUCCAUCCAAGGGAGCUUUCAAUCUUGACGAACUCUUGAACGCUCUUCCGGUGGAGGCCGCAAGAGAAGUGAACCCUUACGACCUACCUUUCGGAGUCAGGAAUGAGAACCAGCUUGCUCAUGAUAUGAAAAUUGGAGCGGCGGGAGAGCUCUACGCCUUUGAGAUUCUCUCCCGCCUCGAGACUUCUCUCCCUGGAUUCGGUCGCCAUAACUGGCAGAGCACAAUCCGCAGGCAUGUGACUGUCCACGAGAAUUACCGGGACUUGGAGCCAUGGCGAGGAGCGGAAACGGCGGAUAUUACAUACGAUGAUACAAAAGGGGAAUUCACACAGCUUCUGAUCGCGAACGGUCACCUGGAUGGGUCAAUUUGGGCUCAUGCGACGCCAAAGUACUUCCUCGAAGUGAAGACGACAACAAAAGAAUGUGCCACCCGGUUCUUUUUGAGCAAGGGUCAAUAUCAAAGAAUGCAACGACUAAAAUUGGGCCUUCGAGCAUCAGCUGAAGUCUAUAUAAUCCUUCGAGUUUUCAAUCUCGAUGGUAAUAAAAUUGAUAUGCGACUUUAUGUUGAUCCGGCCGGAAUGGAAGAAAGAGGUGAAUUGCAAUUCACGUCGGAGUCUUACUCUGUGCUGCCUCCGUCUCGCGACGGGCAUUGA